ACCUUGAUCGAUUCUGACAACGGGCCACGCGAGAUGCGAGUGGGGCCGCGACGUGUGGAAAGGUGGAGACUGCGAUUCAACUUGAACGUAAAUCGAAACAUUUGGAUUCGGGCAGGCAGACAGACAACACACCGCGCCGCGAACAACACUUCCUACCUACACUGUAUUCCGCAGCACCGCCCUGCUGGGCCUCGACGUCCCGAAGAGACCUCCAACAUGUCCAACCUGUCGUUUUUGAGCCAGCCGGCUCCCGAGAACUAUGUCGCGGGCCUGGGCCGUGGUGCGACGGGAUUCACGACGCGAUCAGAUCUUGGCCCGGCGCGAGAAGGACCUAGCGAGGACCAAAUAAAGGAGGCUGUUGCCAAACGUUCGGCUCAGCUCGGCAUCACGGACAAGAAAGGCGGCAGGGACGCAAAAGGUGCCGACAACGACGACGACGAUGACGGCCGCUAUCAAGACCCCGACAACGAGACUGGGCUGUUCUCGGGCGGUAUCUACGACAAGGAUGACGAGGAGGCAGAUCGAAUAUGGAAGAGCGUGGACGACAAAAUGGCCAAGCGCCGACAGAAGCAGAGAUAAACAGAUUACCAACCAGAGCCGUCUGACGAAUAGGGAAGCUCGCGAGCAAGCCGAGAGGGAAGAGUAUGAGCGCAAAAACCCCAAGAUCCAGCACCAGUUUGCGGACCUCAAGCGCGCCCUCGGCAGCGUGACCGACGACGAGUGGGCGAACCUCCCCGAGGCCAAGGACUUCACAGGCAAGAACAAGCGCGCCCGGACGGCCGCCCACCAGCGCUUCUACGCCGUGCCCGACAGCGUCCUGGCCGCCGCGCGCGACUCGACCGAGAUGACGACUACAGUCGGCGACGACGGCGCUGGCGCUAGCUCCUCCAACGGCGACGGCACAGUGACAAACUUUGCCAAGAUCGGUGCCGCGCGGGACAAAGUCCUUCAGUCUAGGCUCGACCAGGCUUCGCAGGCCAGCGGACUGGCCAGCUCGGUUGGCACGGCGAGCACCGUCGACCCCAAAGGCUAUCUCACCUCGUUGAACAAGUUGGAAUCCGCCGAGCAGGUCAGCGUGGGGGACGUCGAGUUUGCGCGGAAACUCCUAAAGUCUGCAACAGAGUCGAACCCGACAAACGCCCCUGGGUGGAUCGCCGCGUCCCGCGUGGAGGAGCUGGCAGGAAAGUUUGGCGCGGCGAGGAAUCUCGUCGCGCGGGGCUGCAAACAAUGUCCUAAGAGCGAGGAUCUCUGGCUUGAGAAUAUCAGGCUGAACGAGGGCCGCAACGCCAAGAUCAUCGCCGCAGAAGCUAUCAAGGCCAAUAUGCUGUCCGUUAGGCUCUGGGUUGAGGCCAUGAAGCUCGAAUCGGACCCCAUGUCCAAGAAAAGAGUGAUCCGGCGCGCGCUAGAUCACAUCCCUGAAUCGGAAGCGCUGUGGAAAGAGGCGGUCAACUUGGAGGAAGACCCGGAUAACGCGCGUCUGUUGUUGGCCAAGGCCACCGAGCUGAUCCCCGCCUCGACCGACCUUUGGCUCGCUUUGGCCCGCCUCGAGACUGUCAACGGUGCUAGGGCUGUACUGAACAAGGCACGCAAGGCCAUCCCUACCUCGCACGAGAUCUGGAUCGCCGCCGCCCGCCUGCAGGAGCAGACGGACGGAACCGUCACCAUCAUGAAGAAUGCCGUCGCCAAACUGGCACAGGUGUCUGCUAUGCCCAAGCGGGAAGAGUGGAUCGCCGAAGCGGAGAAGUGCGAGGAAGAGGGAGCCGUGGCGACUUGCAAGGACAUCAUUGAGCAAACGCUUGGCUGGGGGCUGGACGAGGACGACGACCGCAAGGAGACAUGGAUGGAGGAUGCGCGGGCCAGCACCAACCGGGACAGGUUCGCGACGGCGCGGGCCAUAUACGCCUAUGCCCUGCGCGUUUUUGUCACAAGCAAGACACUGUGGCUUGCCGCGGUAGACCUGGAACGGAAUCACGGGACCAAGGAGGCGUUAUACCAGGUACUAGAGAAGGCGGUGGAGGCUUGCCCGCACAGCGAGGUGCUGUGGAUGAUGCUGGCCAAGGAGCGGCUGCUGGCCGGGCAGCUGCACGAGGCACGACUCGUGCUGGGCCGGGCAUUCCAGCAGAAUCAGAAUAACGAGGACAUCUGGCUGGCGGCGGUCAAGCUGGAGGCAGACCACGACGAGGUCGAGCAAGCCCAGAAGCUCCUGUGCACAGCACGACAGAACGCGCCGACGGACCGGGUCUGGAUGCGGAGCGUGGCCUACGAGCGGCAGCUGGGCAACAACGACGCCGCACUGGAGCAGGUGCUAGAAGCCCUGCAGCUGUUCCCGGCGGCGCCAAAGCUGUGGAUGAUGAAGGGCCAGAUCUACGAGGACCUGGGAAAGGUACCGCAGGCCAGGGAGGCAUAUGGCACGGGAGUCAAGGCGGUGCCGACGUCGGUUCCGCUGUGGCUGCUCUACUCGCGGCUCGAGGAGCGCACGGGCAACGUGGUCAAGGCGCGCAGCGUGCUGGACCGGGCGCGGCAGGCGGCGCCCAAGUCGCCCGAGCUCUGGUGCGAGCUGAUCCGGGUGGAGCGGCGGGCGGGCAACCUGGCGCAGGCCAAGAACCUGAUGGCGACGGCGCUGCGGCAGAUGCCCAAGAGCGGGCUGCUGUGGAGUGAGCGCAUCUGGCACCUGGAGCCGCGGACGCAGCGCAAGCCGCUCAGCCUCGAGGCCAUCAAGCAGGUGGAGAACGACGCGGGCCUGUUCGUGGCCGUGGCCCGCAUCUUCUGGGGCGAGCGCAAGCUGGAGCGGGCGCAGUCGUGGUUCGAAAAGGCGCUCGUGCUUGACGCCGACGUGGGCGACUCGUGGGCGUGGUACUACCGCUUCCUGAUGCAGCACGGCACCGACGAGAAGCGUGUGGACGUGGUGGCAAAGUGCGUCUCCAACGACCCGCGCCACGGCGAGCGCUGGCAGGCCGUCGCCAAGGACCCCCGGAACGCGAGGAAGUCGGUCGAGGAUGUGCUCAAGCUGGUCGCGGCCUCGCUGCAGAACUGAUGGGGGGGAUGGACGACUUGGGGCGGGGAUUUUUGUCACGGCUGCAUGGAAAAAAAGCCGGCGUUUUUCUUUUGACAUCUCAAAUCUCCUUGGCGUUAUCUAGGCAUCGCUCUCAGGAGAAGCUUCCCACUGUUGGACGUUGAUAUGCUUGUUGCUCCUAGAGCCCCAUCCGCGGUUACACGUUGACUUGCAUUUGUUCGUUCAUCUCUAUUUGUGUUUGCAUGAGUGUGUGACUUGUUUGUUGUCGAUUCCGCCGGCAAAGGCAGGAAGUAAAUCAUAGACACAGUUUUUGCCUGAAACUUGGCUCCCCCCAGC